AUGCUGUCCCGUGCAGGACCAGCACUAGCUCGCCCCACCACGACAGCUCUUCAAACUGCCCGAUUGGUGAAACAAACUGCGCUGUUCAUCGUCACAGGUGGUGCGCAAGGUCUCGGCCUGACACUUGCAGAAGCUCUUGUCGAAGCAGGCGGCCAUGUAUACUGUCUUGACCGUCAGAGCGAACCAUCCAAGAGCUUCCUCGACACCAAGGAGCGGCUGGCACAUCGCUUCGAAGGAACUCUCCACUACCGCAAGGUCGACGUGCAGUAUGCUGCGGAGGUAGAUGAUGUUGUGUCAGCUAUCGCCAAGGAGCAUUCGCGACUCGAUGGACUGAUCGCCGCAGCUGGCAUACAGUAUGUGAAGCCGGCUUUGGAGUAUCCGCCGAAUGAGGUCCCGAACAUGAUGAACGUCAAUUUUGGCGGCGUCUUCCUGAGUGCUGUCAGCUGUGCGAAGCAGAUGGUGAAGUACAAUACGCCAGGUUCCAUGGUUUUGAUCGGCUCGAUGAGCGGGCUUAAUGCCAACAAGGGUUUCACCUCAAGUGUGUACAAUUCCAGCAAAGCUGCCGUAAUCCAGCUUGGACGUAACCUUGCAAUGGAAUGGGGCAAGAUCAUUUCUGCCGACGGCGAAAGGAAGGCGAUCCGCGUCAACGUGCUUUGUCCAGGCAACAUCAUGACCCCAAUGGUCGAGAAGAACUUCGCGGACGAUCCAGGUCUCAAGAAGAUCUGGGAGGAGGCGAACAUGAUGGGACGUAUCUCGGAGAUGCACGAGUACAGAGGCGCAGCGCUCUUCAUGCUGUCUGAUGCAAGCUCGUUCAUGACUGGAAGCCACCUAGUCAUCGACGGCGGAUACACAGCCUGGUGA